CGCUCACCAUCUGUGCCAGCCCAGCUCAUCGUCUCACCAUGUCUGCGGAGGAGGGUAACGGGAAACGGUCGCUCAGUCCUACCUCCCAGCUCGAAGGCAGCCCUCGUCUGGGAAGGCAAAGGUCGCGUGCGGCGUGCGCGCCGUGCAGACAUCGCAAACGCAAAUGUGAUGGACGCAUGCCGUGCGGCACGUGUGUGCGCUACGAAUACAACUGCGAAUACACUUCUGCCAAACGCGGAUCAUACGUUCCUGUCGACCAUGCCUCGUCAGAAGCACUUCCCCCGCGGCCAGUGGUUGUGGCGACAGAGUCGGGCCAUGUCAAAAGACAACCGCACCCUCUGACAGCUCCAGGCGCUCGAUUCCACCAUCGCGGCAUCCUGGAUCCGACAAAGACUCGUUUCGUCAGGGCGAAUUCGGCCAUCGCAUUCCCUCGUAUCUUAGGCAUGGACCUCGAAGCCGAGAGUAUCCCGCGUCUGCACUCGUUCGCUUGGCACCUCGGCCUUCGAGCAGAGCCGCAGGAAGAAGUCACGCCAGUCACCAGCUUGAUGACGUGGCCGGAAAUGCAGCAGCUAGCAGAGAUCUACUUUCGCAUCGUUCGAGUCGAGAUUGGACUUCUAGACGAGGCUGAGUUCAUGAUCGCGGCCUCGACCAGAUUUGCAAAUCCACAGGGACAAGAUGACUUUGAUGUUGUCAUUUUUGGAGUUGCAGCAUUGGGAUCCUUCUUCGCCCCCACGCCACAUCCCCGAGAGAAUCAGUUCGUUGCGAGUAGUUGUACCCAACUACAUGAAAGAACGUUAUCACGCUCGGUGACGAUCAACAGCGUGGCCGGCUGGAUUCUUCGAACGCUCUAUUUGCGACUGACUGGCCGUCCUCACGCCUCGUGGGUCUCCAGCUGUAUCACUUUGCAUCAGGUUGAAGCCAGCGGUCUGCACAAAGAAUUGCAAUCCAUUGCCGUCGUCUAUCCCGCGAUGCCCACCACGGACAACAAGCUGGUGCAAUCGAGAAGAAAGCUGUUCUGGAUAGCCAAGGCCUUAAACGUACUUCUGGGGUUUGAGUACGGUCGUUCAAAGGUGCACUUUGAAGUGGUGACAACGAAGAAAUUUGCCCCCGACAACACCUCACAUGCCCAUCUGAUCGUUGAACUGGCCGAGAUUUUACCGAGCGACUUUGUCGACCCUGAGCAAGAGCCUGAUCCCCCGGCGGCACUCACCUCUGCUUUGACGACGAUUGAGGAAAUGCAAUCAGAUUCGCCGUGGAUCAACUUGUUACGAGCGGACGUGGCAUUCGGCAUCUACCGUCGCCUCUGGCUGAUGAGCCUCACGGAUGCGAAAGAUCGUGCGGAAUCAGUAAUGUGCAUCGGCAAGGCCGGACUGAAAGCCUCGUCGCAGCUCCUCUCCACUCGAACACCAUGGUGGAAUGUGUUGAGCACCACCUUCCAAUUUCUCUGCGUCGUCAUCGCCAUCGACACGCCCAAGAGCCUCGGGCUCGUUGCGGGCAUCGUCGAACAGCUGCGUCACAUUGCGCAGGUAUACGACACGCACAUGGUGCGCGAAGCAUACAACCAGGCUUUAUCGCUAGCGCACAUGUCACGAGUGCGGAAAGAGCGAGAGCUCCAAGCGCUGAGUGCGGUUAAUCUGUUGACGCCGUUUGAAGACCCGCCGACCCAGGCUAGCUCGGGCAACAUGCCGGACCUGGCGAAUAUCGACUGGUCGGCGAUGGAGAUGCCGUUCGAUUGGGACAUUAUGUUGAAUCCGAAUCUGGUUGUUUCGAGUCAGCAGGGGCAGUUUGGGCCGGUUGCUACAUUCCCUGACCAGCUGGGUUUGGACGGGCGGGCGCGAUGACAAUGAGAUUGGCGCGGGCGGUGUGUUGUACAAUUAAUAGCUUGGAAUGAGUGUAGACUUGUAUAGAUCUCGGUCUUGUCAUCUGCACGA